AUGGCAGGGUGUGUGAAGGAAGAAGAAGAAGAAGAUGAAGAAGAAGAAGAAGAAGAAGAAGAAGAAGAAGAAGAAGAAGAGGAGGAGGAGGAGGAGGAGGAGGAGGAGGUAGAAGCCAGCUUGAUAUUGAAGCCAAAAGGUCUUCACUGGUCAAAAAUGCAUUUUUGUGUUGCCAGAUACACCUCUCUGGCGAGGGAGUUCCACAACAUGAUAAAAAUGAGCCAUUUCCCUCCCCCAUGUCCCAGAUCAGCCUUUCCCAACCCCGUGCCCUCCAGAUGUUUUGGAGCACUGUCCCCAUCAGCAUGGCUGUGCUGGCUGGGCCUGAUGGGGGUUGUAGUCUCUAACAUCUGGAGGGCACGAGGUUGGGGGAAGUCUGCUGUAAGGUAAAAGGUUAUUAUGAAUCAGCUAUAAUCAUUUUAAGAAAAGAAUUAUCUGCUGGUGCAGAUAAGAGCAUUACAUAAGCGAGAUAUUGCGAGCUGCCAGCACGAGGAGAGUUGGCAAAAAGAUUUGGCCCAGGGCAAUUUGCCGAUCGGAUCCCAUCUGUAGUGCCAGAAGAAGAAGAAGAAAAUCGUUUCCUAAUGAAUUUGAAUGGAAUUCCACACCAGUGGCAGCACUCCAAAGCUAAUAGGUUGAUCGCUUGGUUUGAAUAAUGUACGUAAAGGAGCACCUGCCUUUCUAAUUUGGGAAUAGGGCAUGGCUGAUGGAGGAAAUGAACAUGAGAACGAAACAUGGGAGAAGCCCUGCUGAAUCAGGCCAGAGGCCCAUUAGUCCAGCAUCCUGUUCUCACCGUGGCCAGCCAGAUGUGCAUGGGAAGCCUGCAAGCAGGGCAUGAGCACAGCAGCACUCUCUGCCCACCUGCGAAUACAAGUACAGUGGUACCUUGGGUUACAUAUGCUUCAGGUUACAGACUCCGCUAACCCAGAAAUAGUGCUGCAGGUUAAGAACUUUGCUUCAGGAUGAGAACAGAAAUCGUGCUCCGGCGGCGCGGAAGCAGCAGGAGGCCCCAUUAGCUAAAGUGGUGCUUCAGGUUAAGAACAAUUUCAGGUUAAGAAUGGACCUCUGGAACAAAUUAAGUACUUAACCCGAGGUACAACUGUAUCUGUGAUAUUCAGAGGCAGAGUAUAGCCAUUGUGGCUAGCAAUCAUGGACAGCUGCGCCCUCCUUGAAUUUGUCCAAUCAUCUUUUAAGCUAUUGAAGUCAGUGGCCAUGACUGCCUCUUGUGUGCGAACAAAGUCCAUCAUUUAUACAUGGCGUGAAGAAGUACCUUCUUUCAUCUGCCCUGUAUCUUCCAGAUCUAACCUGAAUCAUGUCCUGAUUCUAUCCACACUCUCCAGGCAUAAUUUUAUAAACUUAUAUCGUGUCACCUCUUCCUUGCCUUUUCUCUAGACUAAAAUCUCCCAGAUGCUGCAGCCUUUCAUUGUCCUUCUCUGCAUCUUUUCCAACUUUACAAUAUCCUUUCUGAGCCGAGGUGACCAAAAUGGUACACAGUAUUCCAAAUGCACCCUAGAUUUGUAUAACAGCCUUGGGAAAGGGGCAGUUUUACUUUCAGUUCUUUUCUUAACUACCUCUAGCAUGAAUUCGCCUUUUCCACCACUGUUGCAAACUGGGUCAAAGCUUCAUGAAUGCAUGACCUGAAAUUCUGCAUCCCCCUCAAACUGAUGCCAAAGCUUAGUGCUAGUUUUGUGCCAUUUUGUGCCACAAACCCUGUGUUUUGUGCCACCCCAAACUGAGUAAUGGACGUAGCAAAUCAGGGUCACAAGUUAAUGCCAAAAAAUCCAACCUCGUCUGAUUAACUCUGGGUCGCCAUUUUCCUUGAACUAUCUGCUGUGGCCCCAAGGUCUUGUUCCCCACCAGUGUUCCUAGUCAGUAUGGAUAAUAGUACAGAUGAGAGAGCAUCUGGAAGAUAACAUCCUAUGACAGGUCCAUUCCACACUAUGUUGGAACGGGGCCUUUACUGUGAUGGCCUCCACACUUCAGAACUCCUUCCAUUGCACACCAGACAAGACCUUCUCUGCCGUCUUUUUUGGCAUGUGUUCAAGGCGUUCCUCUUUCCACAAGCCUUUAAAAUCUUUAUCCCAGUUGGUAUCUGUCCUGGAUCUGAACUGAUUUAAUGUAUAUGCUGCUGUUGCUUUAAACUUUUUUAUAACUGUUUUCAUAUAUUGUUUUCAUAUAUGUAAUUGUUAUAUAUUAAAAUGUUGUUGCCAAUCGCUUCGGGAAGUGAUUCAUAAAUAACAACAGCAACAUUUACGAGAUCCUAUUGCAAGUGGAUGUCAGCUUGGCUGAAAGUAGGCAUAGGCUGAGCAGGUUAAUUUCAUCCAGUUUUAGUAUCUCUGGUGCUCUGUCCCAAGUCUCUCUCAACCCUUCUAAAAUAUUUAUCCCAUUUAGUAUCUGUCUUGGAUUUGAACUGAUUUUAUGCACCAGCUGGUGUUGUUUUAAACUGUUUUUAUAUUUAUAGUUGGUUCCUUAAAACCGUUUUUAUAUAUGUAAUUGUUUUAACUGUUUGUUUUGAGAUAUGCCACAUGGGAAAUGAUUCCCAAAUGAAACAAAGUUAUUAUUAUUAUUAUUGCUACUACUGCUACUAUUAUUAUUUUUUAAAAACUGUGUGUGCCACCAUCCUGCUUGCUUUGAGCUGGGCUGAAAUUGCCGACAGGAGAGCCUCAGGCAUUCUCUACCGUGUUAGCCUGUCUUUGUGUUUCUGGCCACAAACCUUGGCUGGAAGUCGGAUGUGGAGAAUCCGUACCAAGGAACAGGCGACGCCAUUUGCUGAACUUUUGCUAACCCCCCCAAAAGGAGAGCAAAGGGGGAUUCCGCUCUUCCUUCCUUCCUUCCUUGUCCUGCCUUCUGCGCUGCCUAUCCCUAAUUAGUAUCUCAGAGGUAUCCAUGUCAGUAUUUUGUAACCUUAUUAGAACAGGGAGAGCUUAGCCAGAAGUUCUUGGUGUUUUAUUUUUAUCGUUUACUCUCCCAUCCUGUCCGUAACACAAUUGCCUUCUGAGCCAAGCUGCCUGGGUGUUCCGAGGAGAAGGGGCCAAACUCCAUUCUCCAGAGUUAUACAGACAUAACCCACUUUAAAAGUUGGCCUGUGAAGACACAGAGGAAAGCGCCUGAAGGUGUUGGUGUUUUGGGGUGGGGUGAGGGGAUGACUACAUAGCCUAAACUGGCUAUAAGCAAUGGUGGCCGCUGCCCAUUGAGACUCCAUCACAGCACACAGAAAGUGGAUUAAGAUUUUCCUCUCUCUCUCUCAACACAAGAACCUGGGGACAUUCAGUGAAGCCAAAUUACAGAUUAAAAAAGAAAGGACUUAUUCACAUAGUGCCUCAUUAAACUAUGGAACUCACUCCCACAACAGAGAUGACCACCAACCUGGAUGGCUUGAAAAGAGCAAAUUCAGGGAGGAAAAGGCUGUCACUGGCUGAUAGUGACUACGAUGAUUGUGCUCUGCCUCCGUGGCUGGAGGUUGAAUUCAUGCUUCUGAAUACCAGUUGCUGGUAGCUCAGUUAGUUAGAGCAUGGUGCUGGUAACACCAAGGUUGCAGGUUUGACCCCCAUAUGGGACAGGUCAAAUGCAUUCCUGCGUUGCAGGGGGUGAUCCUCAGGGUCCCUUCCAACUCUAUGAUUUUAUGGUAUCUAUGCAGCAGCUAGACUGGUGACUGCGAGUGGCCGCCAAUACCAUAUUACACAGGUCCUUAAAGACCUUCAUUGGCUCCCAGUACGUUUCCAAGCACAAUUCAAAGUGUUGGUGCUGACCUUUAAAGCCCUAAACGGCCUCGGCCCAGUAUACCUGAAGGAGCGUCUCCACCGCCAUUGUUCAACCCAGACACUAAGGUCCAGCUCCGAGGGCCUUCUGGUGGUUCCCUCACUGCGAGAAGUGAGGUUACAGGGAACCAGGCAGAGGGCCUUCUCAGUAGUGGCACCCACCCUGUGGAACGCCCUCCCAUCAGAUGUCAGUGAAAUUAACAACUACCUGACUUUUAGAAGACAUCUGAAGGCAGCCCUGUUUAGGGAAGUUUUUGAGGUUUUACAGUGGUACCUCAGGUUACAGACGCUUCAGGUUACAGACUCCACUAACCCGCAAGUAGUACCUUGGGUUAAGAACUUUGCUUCAGGAUGAGAACAGAAAUCGCGUGGUGGAGGUGCAGCGGCAGCAGGAGGCCCCAUUAGCUAAAGUGGUACCUCAAGUUAAGAACAGUUUCAGGUUAAGAACGGACCUCAGGAAUGAAUUAAGUUCUUAACCCGAGGUACCACUGUAUUCUGUUUUUAGUGUUCUGUUGGGAGCUGCCCAGAGUGACUGGGGAAACCCAUCCAGAUGGGCAGGGUAUACAUAUUAUUAUUAUUAUUAUUAUUAUUAUUAUUAUUAUACCCCAGGCAUGGGAGAGUGCUCUUGUGCUCUGGCUGGCUACUGUGAGAACAAGGUGCUGGAUGGAAUGGGCCAAACCUUGAUCCAACAGGCUCUUCUUAGGUUCUUGGGCUCUUACUGGUAGAGUGGAAGGAAAGGAGACCCACAGAAGGCAGCGUCAGGGCAAGUGACAGGUUGACUCAGAACUGUCAGGGACUGGGCAGAGGAGAAACGGUGGAAACUGCCUCCCCAUCCUGACCCUUCCAGGGAGGAGGAAGAGGAAGACAGUAUAGAUUUACAACAGGGGUUUGAGAGAGGUAGCAGCUCAAAGGCAGAUGAGGGGGAAAGCUGGGAAAUCAUGGAAGACCGUCCCAGCAUUCCAGACCGCCCCAUCUCCCAGAACCCUGCAAGCCUUAAAAGUAGGAGAGCAAAGAGCUCAAAGGCAGAAGGCAUGUAGCAGCUCCCAUAGAAGUGUCGAAUGAGGAAGUGGGAGAUGCUGGGAACAGAGAUUCACUCAGGACAACGCCAUUAUCCAAGAGGCUGGGCUCUAUAGCCUCUCUCUGUAAUAUUGAAAUAAAAAAGGGCAGUAAGAAAUUUUUCCUUGUCUUUAUACUUUCAUGGGCAACCAGCCGGCAGCCACUGAAAGCAUCCUGACAAGAACCAAUGAGAGAUGGAGCAGGCUAAUUUUACUCCCCUCCCCCCCAUCUGCCUCCUUGUGGAGUACCAGCACUAAGGCAACGCCCAAAGUAAGAAGCUGAUAGACAGUGCUGCCCUUCUCUUUGCUUCCUCCUCCUUCAUCUCAGGCAGGAUGGGGACGAAAAGCCAUACUACUUUGUAAGCAGUUUCCUGGAAAGAGGGCUUGAUUGGUAAACCACCCGGGCAACUGUAGCUCUGGGAAGGGCAUAGGGGUCUCCUAACAACUCUUAGCACCCUGAAAGAACUACACUUCCCAGAAUUCUUUGGGGGAAGGCCAUGGUACAAUACAACGUUACAGUAGAACCCUUGAAAAUGCAUGGAUGCGUGCGAGUUCCACUGAAAUGAAUGGAAGCAGUGCACCAACACUGCUCAAUGCAAUUGUGCAAGGUCCAUCCAUUUCAGGCUAAAGCCAAAGAACAGCCACAAUGCUUGUGGCAAACGACUCCAGAAUUUCCCAGGCUGCACCUGAUAUCCUGAGACCCCUGGUCAUCAUCCCAUCAUGUUUCAUAUUAAACCCAAGUGUGGAUUACCCUGUCAUCAAAAAGAAGGAUCUCUGCAAGUGUUACAGUGGACCAGCUGGUUUUUAGCUCUAUUUUUUCCAUGUGUGAUCUACUGUUCAGCUAAGCUCCUGGCUCACAGUCUUUCUUUUUUGCUUGUAACUGAUGGACAGACUGCUUUGAGAAUAAUAACUCCAUAAAUCAGACUGACACAUCCUCCAUUUCACAAUAAAUCUUAAAAUAAUUCAGAAUUGAGGGAAGAAGGCGGCCAUGGUGAGAGUUUGAUGAUGAUGAAGAAGAUUAUAAAUCGUUAAAUAUAUAUAUAAAUAAAUUAGACUCUUGCAUAAUCCACAAGGGGUCACUCACUCUCUUGGCAGAAAUAAUCUCAUUGAAACAGAUUUUUGAAAAACAACAACGUUAAACCAGGAUUCAUCUCAAUGGUUUUAGAGAGAAGUAAGUACAUUUCUGGCCUCAGAGCGCUUGGAUUAAUCUUAAAGCCAAACAUCCCGCCUCCAGGACUAAGAACGAAACUCCUGUUUCAUGUGCAAAAAUAAAAACUAAGCAGCUCAGGUUUAAUGGGACGCAACACCCAGGCCACCCGGUAUAAAGAUAUCACGGCAAAAAGAUCUCCAGAGAAUAGCAAUUCAGACGCAGUAGGUAUUUUAAUAACCUUGGUCUCAGUGUUGGAACUAAAAUUAACAGAAGCUUAUGGGUUCUCAAAAUGUUUAAUUAAAAAAACAAACAAACCUUUGGCUACUCUAUUGGAUGCCUCCCAAAUAAUUCUAAUGCCCUGGGUUUAUUUCCUGGCCAUUUUAUUUCAGCCUUGAUUAUUAUCCCCCUGUUGCUGACGGGAUCUGAGGCAGAGAUAGCAGUUUGCCUUCAGCCACUACUGCAGGGGUCACCAAUGUUUUUAGACCUAUGGGCAUUUUUGGAUUUUGGAGCAAGUGCCAUAGCUAGUCUCCACCCCCCGAAUACCCUGCAAUUCAUUGGAGAAAUAGUGGAGAGUAUGCCACCCUAGUGACUUCUCUCCCCCAAACAAGAGGGGGCAGAUACACUUUGCUUUUCCAAGGGAUCGGGUAAAAGUCAAACCCAGUAUAAUCAAUCUGAGCCUUGGAAAGCCCAUAGAGCUGAAAAGGAAGUGGGGAAGAGCGGCCACUCUUUCAACUUCCUGCUUCUGCUCUAUAUAUUUCUCGUGACCAAGGGAGCAACUGAGUAGUGCUGAUGAAUUCAGAGGCUUUGCUGGCACCAGGGGAAGACCUUGGUGGCACCAUUAACGCCCAAAGCAUCACACUGACAACCUCUGCACAUGGUUGUGGUGAGAUUGGAACCAUGGAUCUCUCCGUUAGCUGCUGCCCAGUCUCAAAAGUGGGGCAGUUUCAUGCCGAGAGAGGGAGAUACUUCCCCUUCCCUGCCUCUCUUUUUCAGGGUCUGAUGAAAGACUAGAGCCAAAAUAAGGUAGUGGCAGACAAAUGAGCUUGCAUUCCCAGGCAGGGUGGGGCUGAGGAAUGAUCCCUGAUGCUUCUUUCAACUCCCAACAUGAAAAACAAAACAAAAAAAGGCUUACAAACAUUGGGUGAAAUACGGGAUUUGCCUUGGCAAAGAAUUGUCAGCAUUGUCAAGGUGGAAGUCUUUGAAGCACUUCUCCUUGCUGGACAAAGACACUGAAAAGGAAAGCAAGCUUUUAAGUUCUUGAUUUAGCAAAGCAUCUUUGCCAUUAACCUGGUUCCGUGAUGUAUGAAACUGCAAACAUGAGUAAGAGACACGCAGACAAAAGUUUUCCAGGUUACCUUGGAGGGAUCACAGUUAUCUCUUUGCUUCAUCUUCACCUUAUGUUUACUGAAAUGGUUUGUCGCAGAACUGAGUCAAUGUUUCCCUCCACUGAGUCAACCUGGGACUGUUGCCCAGGCUUUGACAACCUGGUAUCUUCCAGGUGUUUUGAACUACAAUCAACACUCCCCAGUCAACACUCCUGUUCUGGCUAGAGCUGUAUUCCAAAACAUCUGGAGGGCACCUGGUUGGCAAAGAUUGAAUAAGAGGAGGGUUUGGCCGAGUCAGACCCCUCAACCACUGUCAUGGACUGGCUGGGCACAGAGGAAUGGUGGGGGGCACCAGCUGGGGAACCCCCAUGGGACAAAGGCUCAGAGCCUGGGGAUUGGUGGUGGGAUGACGAGAGUGGUCAGAGGCAGAGGAGGAAGAAGCCUGGGAGGGGGAUGUGUCAGAAGCUAAAGAGGUAACAGGUUUUGGUGAGCUGGGAGAGUCUGAGGCUGAGAGAAGAUCAGAAUCAGAAGCAGAGAUGGAAGCAGGAGAAGAGGGAGGCCAAGCAGUAGAGAUGAGUCAAGCUGGGGAGGGAACUGACCAUUGCAAAUGCUUAGGCCAGCCUUCAGCAGCAAGUUAUGCCCCACAUGUUUUGGACUCUAAUGCCCAUCUGCACCAACCAUCACGGCAGCCAAUAUGAAACCUUCCAGAUCAUAGCUGCCAACCGUCCCUUAUUUGGCGGGAAACUCCCUUAUCCUAGUGCCGUGUCCCGCUGCUGUCCCUUACAGAUGAUGUCCCUUAAAUUUCCCGGGUUUCAAAGGAAGCAGCUCUUCUCCCUCCCUCCCUGCCAGCCAGCCAGUGUUGCUUGGCUGCGUUGCUCACCCAAUAAGGAGUCUAAGAACGACUGGUGGGUGGAGCUUGCAUGCCUUGUGCCAAUCAAAUCGGCUGCGUGGCCUGGGGACUCGCCUUUGCUCAGCACUUCCCAGCGGAGAGGUGAUGGUGGUUUUGCUUGCUGCAUCCCCUUUGCUAGGUUGCUGCGCUGUGGGAACCACGAAGCUUGAGGCUUUGUUUGGCUGCUGGCUGGGCUUUCUGCCUUUGGCUCGGAGGGGCUCAGAAGUUGAACAUACCUGUGCCCGGAAAAUCCCUUAUUUUGGCUGCUGAUCCCUUAUUUUCGAGGCUGCUGGUCCCUUAUUUUCAAAUCUGUAAGUUGACAGCUAUGUUCCAGAUGUUGUUGGACAGAGGUUGCCAUUAUCCCUGACCUAGGGUGGAUCUACUAUGAAGCUAACAAUGCUUAAGCUUCAGGGCCCCUAAUCUUGGAGGCGACCCAGAAACAACUUUUGUCUACUUUGCUUUAAAAAAAAAAUAAUGGGUCCAGUAGAUGCUAUUUGAGUUGCACAAUUCAAACUGGUGGUAUAUUUUUCAACAGCCCCAAAGUUUUGAGAGUCAGUAGCACAGAUGUUGCAAAGGUGUGGUGAUCUGUCUUGGAACAACCCUGUUGAAGAAGAUAACCUUGGUUACCCAGACCUUGUUGCUGGUUGCAAAGGGGCUCCCAUGACAGUUCGAGCUGCAGAGACCUCCAAAUGUAGGUUUGACGUUGCCCUGACCAUUGGCCAUGCUGGCUGGGGCUGAUGGGAACUGGAAGCCAGCAACAUUGGGAGGGCGCCACAUUACUUAUCCCUAGAUUAAAGAAUUGUGGGAGGAGUAAAUUGGUCAUAGAAUUAUAGAAUUGUAGAGUUGGAAGGGACCCAACGGGUCAUCUAGCUCAACCCUAGCAAUGGUGGGUUUAAAAACAAAACAAAACAAAACAAGAGUACCUUUAGUGACAGGCAGAAAUCCAACAGGCACAGAACUUCAGGGAUGAGGAGAAAAACUGCUUUUGCCACUGUGGCUGUGUGCAGUUUUUUACAGCAAACAGGUUCAGAAUUCCUGCUUUCUUAAUAUUCUCCAGCAUUCAGCUGUCACCCCCAACUGUCACCCCUGAUUACCAGCUUUGCCUCUAAGUCCAUUUCCAGGGGCAGCCAUGCUGAGAGACACUUCUUAUCUUAUGAACUUGACACUGAGCAAACCAGCGGAGGGGUGUGAGCAAGCUAAACAUAUGGACUUGGGGGUCUCUGUUCACUUUUAGGGGCAGCUAGGAUUGCCUGGGGUGAGGUGGGCAACUCUGGGCGACUUUGAUCACAGAGGUCCACGUUGUGCGGCUCUUUUAAGGAAAUGGCGAUAUGCUGAACAACACAGAUUUGAUGGAAGGGCGGAAGUGAUGCAGUGACCUUCAGACUGUGAAGCACUGCUUGAUCUUAAAACUGGGGUGUGCGGAGGCUUUUGUGCGUGACACUUCCCAAUAUUCCCGCAUUGCUGCUCUCUGGACAGGCACUGUUAUGCUAUAGAGCAGCUAAAGCAGGGCAACAGCACUACCAUCCUAAAACAUUGCAGGGGUGGACUAGCGGACCCUUGAGUGACCCCCCCAUCCAACUCUCUGAUUUAGGAUAUAAAAAGUUACAGGACAGAAAGUUAUGGGAAAUGCACUGAUUGGAAAUAAAGCAGUGAGAGCCCCUCCAGACAUCCUUUCUAUUGCAUUUUCAUGAGGAACUGUGUUCAUGAUGCUGUUUAAUUCCGCUUUCGAUAUUGCAAAAGUUUGGGGCUGGUCACUUCAUUUCUUUUUCUUAUUUCUUUUUUAAAAAAUUAAUUUUAAUAAGUUUUGCAUUUUUAUCAUAUAACAACAUAUCAAAUAACAAAAAAGAAGUACAAUUUCUCAAUUUCUCUCUCUCCCCCACCCCCUUCCCUCAAUUUCCUCUUCUGGUUUUUUACAUAUUAACUUCUCCUGCUUGCUUGAUUAUAUCUUAAUAUUGAAUUCUUUAUAUUAAAUGCUGUUAUGUUCUUAUCAUUUUAACAUCCUCUUUGUAAUUUCUAUAUUUGUUUUGUUAAUUGUGCUUACUCAAACCCUGCUAGUGAGUCCAUUUCUUUACACUGCUUCUGUAGGUACAAUAUAAAUGUUUCCAAUCUUUUUUAAAGUCUCUAUUGUCUUUUUAUCUAAGUCUUUCUGUUAGCUUCACCAUUUCAGCAUAUUCCAUCAAUUUUUCUUGCCAUUCUUCUUUAGUUGGUAUUUCAUCGCUUUUUUAUCAAUAUCCUAGCCGCAAUUGUAGCAUACAUAAAAAGUUUCUUCUUCUCUUUUGGCAAGUCUUGACCUGUAAUGCUGAAUAAAAAAGUUUCUGGUCUUUUAACAAAGGUUAUCUUAAGCAUUCUUUGGAUUUCAUUAUAAAUGGUCACUUCAUUUCUAAUCAGGGCAUACCGCAUAACUUCCUGCUGAAAUCCCAUUAACUUUUUAUAUACCACAAAUGUUCUGGUUUAUUUUUUGUCCUGCUUUCAUUGCACUACGGCUGCUCCAGACAGCAAUAAUGUGGUAUCAUUGGAGAAACAUAAAAAAACUAACUAAAACGUAUUAAAUCCAUCACUGAUGUACUCUUUUUGUUACAAUAACAUGUUGCAGAGCACACCCCCCAAUAAAACACCAGUCUGGAGGAGAAUGUCCGCCCUGCAGGAUUGAAAGUAGGAUCAUGUACAACUGCCCUGAUGCCAACAUGAAAACAAAGAAUCACAAAUGCACAAUGAAAAAAGAACGUCACCCUGAAGGGGGCUCAAAUUGUGCUGGGCAAACCCAAGUUACGCACCAAGAGAGGGUCCCAGGAGCAAAAUUCAAACCCCAUGAAGGGUUCCAUUGCUCAGUGCACAUCAGAAGCAAAUUGGUUGGUGAAAUGGGAUCCUGGAUCCUGCAAAAUCAGGCUCCUUUCUACACAUUUCUGAAGAAGGCAUCUUCUUCACUGCUUCCAUAAAUUGGCAGUUUUCUUCAUCUUGACAACAACAUGCCUUUGGGGUAAUAGCUCACAGUUAAGGGGACUCCAAGCCCACCCCUAAUUAAAAAAACCCGAUGUGUUCAAAUUCAGCUGUGUACCCUAAGACUCCUGGGAGCUGCAGUUUAUUAAGGGUGCUGGGAACCGUAGCUCUGUGAAAGAUAAACUACAGCUCCCAGGAUUAUUUGGGUGGGUGUGCUUUAAAUGCAUUGUGUGUACAUGGUCUGGCAGCAGCUGAUGUCUCUGUGAUACCAGUUUUAUGUGGUUAAUUGCCUUCUUGGGGUGGGGCAAAAAAAGAAGAAGUAGUUCUGGGCACCACAGUUUAAGAAGGAUAUUGACAAGCUGCGCAGGGGAAGGGAUCAAGGGUCUGGAAACCAAGCCUUAUGAGGAAUGGUGGAGAGAGUUUGGGAUGUUUAGCCUGGAGAAGAGAAGGCUGAGAGGUGGUAUGAUAGCUGUCUUCAAAUAUCUGAAGGGCUGCCACAUGGAAGAUGGAGCGAGCUUGUUUUCUGCUGUUGCAGAGGGUGGGACCCAAACCAAUGGAUUCAAAGGACAAGAAAGAAGAUUCAGACUAAGUAUUUAGAAGAACAUCCUGACAGUAAGAGCGGAACGGAUUCGCUUGGACGGUGGUGGACACCAGAGGUUUUUAAGCAGAGGUUGGAUGGCUGUCUGUUAGGGGGUUGGACUAGAUGACCCUUGGUGUCCCAUCCAUUUCUGCAAUGCUAUGAUUCUAGGAAGGAAGCCCAUUUUUAGAAAGCUGAUCUAUCUCCCUCUGCCCUCUGGCAAAUCCAGAAAGGAGUUCUCAUUCCCUUACAAAUGAUCUGGUGUGCAACCUUCAUAACUGGGUUGCGGUUUCCACGCGAAAGCAAACUUUUACUACAGUAUCAAAUAGCCCUCAAACCCCACGAAGCAACAGAGUGUGCAUGUUUGCUCCGGGGUGGAAGAGGCAUGAAGCCCAAAAGUUUUCAAAUGUUGCACAUGAACCAGCCACAGAAGCUCAGUUCUUCUGAUUGGGCAGCGAGACAAAAAUUUCUCAGCCAUCCUCUUAGAAAUGUGAUUUUGACAGAGUCAUGCUCACAAACGAAAUGCGGCAACCAAACAAAAUGAUUUUCUGGUGUGUGGUGAAGGUCCAAGGGGACUUCUCUUAAAACUGAACACCAGGCCCCCCUCUCAUUGACCUUCCCCCCCAUCAUUAAAAUGUCAUGACUUACAGAUAUAUUACCACCCAAUGGACAUAAGACAAGCAUGCUGAAUAAGCAAAUAAAUCUCUAGUCUGGGCCAAGACAUCCCAAACUACAUUGUAAGAGGAGCAGAGAAAAUUAUGCAGAUUAAGCAAAUGUAUAACGUUUCCAGCAGAGCUGGGUCAAGACAUAUUGCUCCUGGAGGCAAAUAUGGCACUUCCACCCCUUUCUCCAUCUGGUGGAAUCUUAAUUCCCCUGCCACCACACCACCUCUAGCAUUGUCUCCUGAGGCCAUCACUUCAAUCUGCCUUAGGGUAGGGCCGGCCCUGGAUUUCUCUCCCAUAACUAGGCAGUGUUUGUAAUUUUGCAUAAUAUAUUCUGCUCCUCCUCCUAAUUGUAGAGAAGGGAGAGGCCUACACAAGCACCUUGCGGGGGCUAAACAUAUUAUUCUGCAGCUCCUCUGGAUUUAUGAGAAGAAGAAGAAAAAGAAGAGUUUGGAUUUGAUAUCCCGCUUUAUCACUAGCUUAAGGAGUCUCAAAGCAGCUAACUAUCUCCUUUCCCUUCCUCCCCCACAACAAACACUGUGUGAGGUGAGUGAGGCUGAGAGACCUCAGAGAAAUGUGACUAGCCCAAGGUCACCCAGCAGCUGCAUGUGGAGGAGCGAGGACACGAACCUGGUUCCCCAGAUUACGAGACUACCGCUCUUAACCACUACACCACACUGGCUUAGCAAGGUUACCAGGCAGAACCAUGCCCAUUAAGGACUAGAAACUUGUCUUUGAAUUUAAAAAGAAAGCUGUUAUUAUUGGGAGGCAGAAUUCUGCCCCGAAUGCUACAUUUUGCAGCUUUCCUGUUUAUUCGUUUGGCACACGCAGCUCUAUGAAUCGUAGGGGUGGGAAGACCCCCCCAUCCCUAUGAUUCCCCCCCCACACUUUCGAUUUUCAACCCUAUCUCAAGUAAGAACUAUUCAUCUGUAAGUUAUGGCAUGAACUGAACUGAGCUCCCUUGAAAGGUGGUGGACUCUCCUCCACUGGAGGAUUUUAAAAAGAGAGGUUGGAUGGCCACCUGUCAACCCAAAUUACAUUGCAGGAGAAGCAGAAAAAUAAUAAUAUGCAGAUUAAGCAAAUCUUCUUUAGCUGUGAUUCCCGCAUUGCAAGGGACUGGGCUCUAUGAUUCUGCAGUUUCCAUCAACUUGUAUUCGGAAGCAUUCCUGCCUCCGAAUGUGGAGUCACCCACACGAUGCCAAGACUCUCACCUUCGGUUUAGCUUCUUCCUUCUAAUCCCAAAGUUAUGUAGCCUGGGUCUCAUUUUAUUAUUUAAGUAGCCGAGCAAAAUAGACGUUAGAAAGUAAGCUGGUGAGUCAUAUUUCCUCAAGGAUUCUGGGAAAUGCCAGGCUGCUCCUUAAUGAGCAGGAGGGUUUUGCUAAGGCCGUCCCCAGCCAAACUAAUAAAAAUGGGAAGGAGAGUUUUAAAAAUUAAAUUAAAUAAAAAGCAUUCAAACGGUCGAUGAAGAGAGGUAGAGGAUCCCCUGUGUUUACUAUCAUCUUGAGUGUGAGGGAAGAUGUGGAAAGGACCAGCCUGGGAAAGAAAAGAGUUGUGUGUAUUUAUAUUGCACAAAUCAAAGCCCAUGCAGUUCUGGGGAAUACACACUUUAAAAGAGUCUGCCAAAUAUGCUUGUCCCCCCCCCCCUUUCGUUUUAUUAAAAAAAGGACUUGGCUUCACAAAGGCACAACUGUAAGAAAGCUUGUAAUUUGCCCAAAUAAAACUUAAUUCGAGCCAUGAAAUAGCUGUGGUUUAUUGUGUAAUAUAUGUGCUAUGUAUUUUAAUUUAAUCGAACCCAAUAUAAUUGGAAGCCAGUGGGUUUUUUUAUUAUUAUUUUAAUUUAUUCUUCUUCUGCAGAGCAAUCCCAAAGCUGUUCCCACAGCAGAAGGCACUGUGUUUGCACAGCGGACAGCUCAGAGUGAAGCGUAA